GUAGUCCUUUCGUUGCGAUUGAUCCAUUAAAUUGUAAUAUUAUGGAUAUUUUUGUGAGACUAUUUAAUGAAGAUUUGUCUCAACACACGUGCGUUGCAAAUAGAGCUGUACUUCAAUCAAAAAUGAAAUCAAGAAUUUUUGGAUUUAACAUUAAAUUCGAUGGUUUCAAUGACAAGAUGCAUCAUUUAGUAAAAAGAACAAUUGAAAAACUGUUGGCGUUCAAGAUCGAUCCAAGACGUCUUGAAAUUAUUAAAGAAAAAGAUGGAACAACCGUAUCUCAGUGCAAUGCGGUACAGUUCUCUGAUUCUGUCAGAAGUCGCAUGGAGUCCUUUUGA